AUGGCCAGUGCGAAAAAACGUAAAGUUGCUAGCGAAAAUAGACAGUUCAGUUCCGUCUGGACCGACGAAUUUUGUUUUAUUUUACCAGACUGUGCCAAUGCUAAGCCAACUUGCUUGCUAUGCUCUCAAACAGUUGCUGUCUGCAAGGUGGCUAACAUCAGGCGGCACUUUGAAACACGCCACAGCGAUUUCAAUGAGAACUUCCCAGCAAAAUCAGAGAUUCGAAGACAAAAGAUUGCAAGUUUGAUUGCCUCCUACAAUCAUUCUGUUACUACUAUCCAUAAGACAACAUCUGCACAGGAAAACGCAACAACGGCGUCUCUGCGCGUAUCAUGGAACUUAGCAAAAGCUAAGAAACCUUUCACGGAUGCCGAGUUGAUAAAGACGUGUGCGAUUGAUAUGGUGGAAGAAGUUUUGAGCCACGAUGAAAAAACAAGGAAAACUGUGGUGGAUUUGUUGAAGCACGUACCAUUAUCGGACAACACUGCAAUGAGAAGGGUGGAGGUUUUAGCGGAGGACUGCUUGUGUGACCUGCUCUCACGUCUGAAGAAAACGGACUUCGUGUCGCUCGCCAUUGACACGUCUUGUGAUAGGACGGACAUCGAGCAGCUGUCCGUGUUCGUGCGAUUUUUUGAUGAGAAGGAUUUUCGAGAAGAGCUGCUUUGUUUGCUGCCCCUACACGGGCGCACGACGGGUGAGGCCAUUUUUAGCGAACUAACUCAGUUCUUUGAAAGAAACGGAUUGGACAUAAGCAAAGUCACGUCUGUUGUCACUGAUGGCGCCCCGUCCAUGGUUGGGCAACAGAAGGGUCUGGUAAGCAGGCUAGCAGCUGUUAUCCCCGCUCUAACAGCAUUUCACUGCAUCAUUCACAAAUCAGUGUUGUGUGCAAAACUGUGUGGGAAAAUGAAAGACACCAUGGAUAACGUGAUGAAGCUCGUAAACUUCAUUAGGGAGAGUUCUAGUUUGCAGCAUCGCCUUUUCAGGGCUCUGCUGGAGGAAAUGUCUGCUGCACAUCAUGACCUGUUGCUGCAUAAUGAUGUGCGCUGGCUUAGCAAAGGCAGAGUGUUUGAGAGAGUGUGCGAAUUACAUGAUGAACUCUGUUCUUUCCUUGGCAACUUGCAAAAUGAAAAGGCUCACUCUUUUCUGAAAUUCCUGAAUGACAGCAAAGAAAUGGCGUUUGUGCAUUUUUUAUGCGACAUCACAUCUCAUCUUAAUCAGCUGAAUUUGCAACUGCAAGGAAAGAAUCAUACCAUUGCAGACAUGUAUGAAGCAGUUGAAGCUUUCCGUUUAAAACUGGACUUGUUUCAGCGAGAUAUACAAGGAAGAAAACUGCACUUUCCUCAGCUGCAGCAACACUGUGAGAAGAACAAAAUGCAAGAGGAUGCUGUGAUGCAAGCAUUCUUGGGAAGACUGAUAGAAAACUUCAAGGUACGAUUUGAGAGCUUCAACCUCUCAAGUGAAAUCCUCCUGUUUUUGCGUCAGCCGUUUUCUGUUUCUGCAGAUGGUCAGUGGACUGCUGAGGCCAAAAGGCUGCUUCCAUCUCUGGAUGAAGCAUCUCUUCAGAUGGAGAUCUUGGAAAUAUCAAAAUCAGAUUUGCUCAAAGAGCAGCACAAGGAUGUUAGUGUGACUGAAUUCUGGAUCAACAUGAUUCCCCAGUUUAGCCAGGCAAGACAGAUUGCAAUGCUGCUUCUCACAGCAUUUCCCUCCACCUACAUCUGUGAGUCUUCAUUUUCUUCAAUGAACAUUAUCAAAAGCCAGGACAGAAAUAAACUCUCCAGUGCACACCUAGAACAGUGUCUUCGCAUUGCCACUACAGAGCACCACCCCAACUUCAGGUCUCUUGUUUCUACCCGCCGCUGUCACUUCUCUCAUUGA